UUGGCUCGAGCCCGAACUGCCAUCAGGCAUCACGCAGCCCUGAGAGGCUGCGUGCCCAGCAAUGGACGCCUCGCUGGCCCGAGCCAGCUUUGCCGCAUUCGACCACUCGGUCGUCACCGACGGAGGCCUGAUCGGCACCUCCCUCGGAGCGGCGGCGUCGCCGGCGCUGCUCCUGCCGACAGGCUGGCUGCUGCUGUGCGCGUUCGCGUUCGCCGUGGGGGCGGCGUGUUGCGUGCUGCUGCGGCUGGUGAGCAGCACCUGCGGCUUCUGCUCGUGCGGGCAGAAGGACCACUCGCUCGACUUCCCCACCCUCAGCUCCGUGGAGCUGCUGGAGCAGGGGAGCGUGGACGAGGUGUCCAAGGGAGGCCCGGGCGGCGCGAGGCGCGGCGGCAGCCACCAGGAGUCGGAGCGCAAGUUCCGCGCGCGGCUCCAGGAGAUCGCCACGGCGGGCCGCUGGCCGUGCGGGAGCGGCGGCCGCGGCCCCGACGGCGAGGGGGCGCGGGGCUGGCACCCGCAGCUCGACGAGGACGAGGCGUGGCAGGUCUCUGCGCAGCGCUUCUCGAAGCUGCUCACCAGCGGGUACCUGGCCCUGGACGAGGUGCUCGGCAACGGCAUGCGCGACUUCUUCGCUGCGCACCGCGUGCUCGCCGAGUCGCUGUGCGGCAGCCUGGGCAUCCGCCUGACCGUCCAGUUCAACCUGUUCGCCGGCACCGUGCUCGCGACCGGGAGCCCGGAGCAGAUCGCGGCGCUGGGGGCGGCCCACGAGCAGGGCGAGGCCGGGUGCUUCCUCCUCACGGAGCGGGGCGCGGGCGUGGUCAGCGGCCUCGUGGUGGAGACGACCGCGACGUGGACGCCAGAGGGCUUCAGACUUCGCUCCCCUGGCCCUGACUCGGAGAAGGUGUGGAUAUCGCAGGGCUUGGCGGCCAGAUGGGGCGUCGUCAUUGCGCGCCUCAUCGAUGCGUCUGGCAAGGACCAGGGGCCCCAGGGGUUCCUCCUGGACAUGACGACCAGCGGCGUCUCCCGGAAGGACAUGGGGGCCAAGACGUCCUUCAACAGCCUCGACAACGCCUGCGUGAGCUUUGACGAUGUGCUGAUGCCUCAUAAUACCCUGCUGUCCCGCUACGGCGACAUGCGACCUGAUGGCACUUUCCACGCCAAGGGCACCCAGGGGGCGCCGACAUUUCAGAUCGUGGCGCAGCGGCUCCUGUCUGGACGGAUCUGCAUCUCGGACGCCGCCAUCACUUACUUCUCCACCGUACUCCGAGACUGCGAGGCCUAUGCAGGACGCCGUCUGGUCUACGUGAGCCAGGACCAGCAGACUUCAUUGCGGUCCUUGCCAUACAUGGCAGCUACGUUCGACCGCCUACACGCAGGCCUCACGGUCCACCGCCAUUUCAUACAGUGGCUUCAAGAUGAGUUUGCGGUCCGUCUUGACACCGCAUUGGAGAAUGGCAACGACAAAGAGUCGCGAGAGCUCACGAACCUGAUAGCUGCAUCUAAGGUUGAGGCUGUCGAGUUUGCUAUCAACGCGGUGCACCUGCUCCGGCGCAACGUAGGCUCGUAUGGGCUUAUGCGGGACAGCCCGUUCGGCAGCAGGAACGAGAUCUUGUUCUGCUGCCGCUUCGCCGAGGGUGACAGUCGGGUGUUGCAGCAGAUGCUGACCCGGGACUUGGUCAAGAGACACAGUAGCCCUUACCAGCUUGCAACCCUUGUGGCCAGCACGCUGCGGGACAACAUAGCCUGCACCGUCGGCAUCGCGUCUCCGACAAAGAGGAUGCUCCUCUUGAGAAACAAGCUCCUCUUGCGGCUGAUUCGUUUCCUGCACCUGCAGACGCGGCAAAACAUGAACGGAUGCAAGAAGAUGUCCAAGCGAGACGCAAGGUUGCGGGCAUGGCUAGAUGCUGGUGAUGCCAUCUACGAUUUGGCCAAAGUUCAUGCACAGGCUCUGAUUCACGCCCAGAUCGUGAAGCGAUAUGGUACGACCACCGACUCAGAACGGUUUGCUUCGAUCGCCAAUAGCGCGUGCGAGGUUUGCCACCAGUACUGAUUUCUAUCUGUGCCAUGGCUCGAGCUCCUGACGUAGCAUGUUCUUAGCAUCUCUCACCCUGCCUCCAAUUACUUUCGAAUCCUGCCGUGUUCAUUUUCCGCUGUAUGGAAUUUUCACCACGUCUGCAGCGCACGUUCAUGCGGAGGCACGUCUUAAAGUAGACAAGUUCGCUGCGUUGGCUCAGCGUGGUCACCUGUACAGGCUCGCUGAAAUGGAGCGUCCGAUCGGCUGCUUUCGAUGACGCUGCCGGAAUUGGGAAGUGCACGCUCGCACGUACUGUUGGCAGGCAGCGACCAGCGAGCAGGUAGCACAGAGUGACAGACCUGUGGUCGGGCCCCAUCGGUCCUGAGACAGGGAUGUCUUCUCCUAUGCGAAGGUGGUCUUUACAAUCAUACUGUUUCUCCCUCCCCCCUCGCCUGCUUGAGGCGCGUGGUAUCAGCUGAGCCGAUGUAGUACCGAUGUGCACUGUCAGCGGAAGAGCCGCACCUUCAUUGCCACGUAAUUCGCACAUGUCAGACAACUGCUUGCAAUUUCGCAGAGGAGCGUCAAGGUACGUUCGCGGGAAUUGUUGGCCGAUGUUGGCCGGGCUCCAAUAACUGUUACGGCAGUACCACUCGCUUUUCUCGGUCAGUCUGUGCAUCAGCCCCUCCUCAGAUCAAUUUAUGUCAAUCGUCAACAGACUGGUUGCCGAAAGAAAACCCUGCAAUUGCCGCUGCCUCCAAUUUCUGCAUUGUGUGAACGCCCUUCCGUGCACUCACGGCGUGCGACCGAUCUAGUCAGCGCGCUUUCCGUGGGGCUCAUUGACGCCACGCCUUUCAAAGCCAUUGCCGUACUAGUCAGGAUGAGGGUCCUCCGCUGAUGCGAACACAUUUCAAGCCGCACGAGUGCAGGGUAGACAGGGGCAAGCAAGCCUUGGGAUCCGACGCUGCGAGAAAGAACAACACACACAACAUCGCUAAAGAUCACGACCAGAGCCCUG